GGAGCCUAUUGGGGGGGAGCCCCUGGAGUGCCAGGCCCAGUUCCUGCUCCAGGCCCGGCUCAGUGCCAUGGGUCACAUCCUGGCCCUGCAGGAGAAGGAGCUGAGCCAAGAGCUGCCCCCCCCAGGGCUGCCGCUGUCCCUGCCCCCCCCCCACCUGCUCCAGCUCUUGGGGCGCUGGAGGCUGAAGGUGUUUGAGCUCCUGGUGCAGCUGCAGGUGCAGGAGGAGCUGCAGAGGCUGCUGAGCACACAGGUGAGCACACUGGGGGCAGUGGUGGCUGCAGGGACCCGCAGGGUGACCAGGUUGGAGCUGAGGCUGCAGGAGAGGAUGGAGAGAGCUGAGGAGCAGAGACAGGAGAGGCAGCGCCUGGAGCAGGAGCUGAUCCAGCAUCGGGGCCGGGCAGAGGCUGCUGAGGAGGCACUGGGGGAACUGGCCCAGGCAGCUGCCAGGCUCACCAGGGUGGCUGCAGCACAUGAGGCUGCAGUGGCAGCAGCCACCAGGACCAUGGACACCCUCAGCACCCGCCUGCGCCGGGCGGGACACAGGCUCCGGGUGCUGCAGGCGCUGGUGUCUCCAGUGGUGGCCUUGGAGCAGGUGACCCCGGAUGAGGCCCCCCCCCGUGAGGACAGGAUGAGCCCCCCCCCCCAGCAGAGCUGCCCUGGGCUCCCUGGUGAUGCAGCUACAGGCUCUGGGUGCCUCCAUCCUUGGGGACCCCCCCUGACCCGGUGAGUGACCCCCAGCCCUGCUGCUUGGGGGUCCCACCAGUUUACCCCAGUAAGGCACUGGUGUGACCCCUGUACCAUCCCCCUCCCAGUUUCUCCCCAUCCUGGGCCCCAAAUCUUCUAUUUCCUGCCUUUUUUUACAGCUUUGCCCUUUUUCGCCUCGUUUCACCCCAAUUAAAGCUCGUGUGAUGACGUCA